UUUUAUGUGAAAUAAAACGUUGUACUAAGAACAGAAAGUGAGAAUAAUGGAGAUGAGCAGAAACGAAGGAGACGAUCAUCAUCAUCAUCAUGGGAGCAGGCCGAGAAGAUCAAGUGGAGAUCAAGAAGAAAAGGUUAGGGUUGGGACUGUGGAUUUGAGUGGGAUGUCUUUGGAUUCCCUUCCGAUUUCUUCUCUCAAUUUGUCAAUUGUUUCCAAGUUGGACCUCUCCAACAACAAUCUCCGGAACAUACCGGAGUCGUUAACGGCGAGGCUGCUGAACGUGGUGGCCAUGGACGUGCACUCUAAUCAGCUCAAAUCUCUCCCGAACUCCAUCGGUUGUCUGUCUAAGCUCAAGUUUCUCAACCUCUCCGGCAACCUUCUCCGGACUAUCCCAAAAACAUUCGGAAACUGAAAGUCAUUAUAAGAGUUGAACACCAACUUCAACCAGCUCACAAUGCUACCGGAGACCAUCGGAUUCGAGCUCAUCUGCUUGAAGAAACUGUCGGUUAACUCGAACAAGUUGAUCCUCCUUCCUCAAUCGAUCACUCACUUGACAUCGUUACGAGUCCUCGAUGCACGCCUCAAUUGUCUCCGGUCACUCCCCGAUGACAUGGAGAAUCUGAUCAACUUGGAAGUUCUCAACGUGAGCCAAAACUUUCAGUACCUCGAAACCCUACCUUAUUCCAUUGGCCUAUUAAUGUCCCUCGUCGAAUUGGACGUCAGCUAUAACAAAAUAAAUUAUAUGUCCGAUUAA